CCAUGUUGUACAUAGCAACAGUUGCUACACACGGGCCGGCCGCGCUGCCCCGGGCCCGGCGGGGCGUGAGGGGAGCCUGGGUGCCGGCUUGGAGUUAUGGGUGAUGAGUCAGUACCAUAUUUGCUGGGUGAAGGAACCACUAAAACGUAUCAAAUACCUAUUAGUCAUCUGGACUACAAAUUCAUUGAAAAAUGCACUGAUGUUAAGCACCUGGAAAAGAUUCUCAGGGUAUUAAGGUCUGGUGAGGAGGGGUGUUACCCUGAACUUACAUUGGUUUGUGAAAAGCGUAUUGAGCAUUUGGAUCCAAGGAGCAGAGCUCUGAGAAAAGAUAAGCCUGCAGCUACAGCCUCUGAUUUCACAGCUGAAGAAUGGGAAGCAAUUAAUAGUGAACUGAUGAGCUGGCUGACAGAAAUGAAUGAAGAUGAUAAAAAAUCACAGCUCCUGAGAACAGAUACACUAAAUGAAAGACAAGAUAACUUGCCUCCCAUUCGUUGUUCCAGCAGCUGCCUUUCCACUAAUCAGGACAAAAAAUUACAAAACAAACGAAGCAAGAAAAACAUACCACGGGAUUAUAGUGAAUGGGACAAGUUUGAUGUGGAAAAGGAAUGUUCUAAAAUUGAUGAAGACUGUGAAGAAAGUAACUCGAAAGCAAGAUUCUUCAGCAGGCCAAGUCUAGCUGCAAUUGAAAAGAAAAUUGACACAACUGGAAUGACAAAGAGAGAGAAAAUUUUUAUUGCUACUCGUGAAAAAGAAAAGGGCAAUGAAGCCUUUGCCACUGGCGAUUAUGUGGAAGCAGUGACAUAUUACACUCGGAGUAUAUCAGUAAUACCUACUGCAGCUGCAUAUAAUAACAAAGCUCAAGCAGAAAUCAAACUUCAGGACUGGGACAGUGCUUUGCAGGAUUGUGAGAAGGUUCUAGAUAUGGAACCUGGCAACAUAAAAGCUUUGAUGCGUCGUGCCACUGUACACAGUCAUCUGCAGAAUUACCAGACAGCUAUAGAGGAUCUGAAUAAAGUGCUGUCUGUUGAACCAGAAAACUCUAUGGCUAAGAAAAGUCUGCUAGAGAUUGAAGAGAAACUGAAAGGUUUAAACCCUGUAUCUGGGCCUCCAGGCAAAGGAAAAAAAAUACUUAUUCAAGAGAUAGAAGAUUCUGAAAAUGGUGAAAGAAGAGGGGAAAAUACAGAAGAAUGUGAAAGACAUGAUGGAGAUAAAAGCUCCGCCGCGGCAGCGGCAGCGCGGGCGGCAGCGGGGGAGCCCGCCAUGGGCAACGCGCACAGAAAGUCCCACGGCAAAGGCGGCGGCAAGGCGCACGACAGGGACACGCACAAACAGAAGGAGCCCGCCGAGAGCGGAGGAAAAAAAGGCGCGUCGGAGAAGUCAGAAAAGCAUUUGUCAGACCAUGAAGGCGAAGUUAAUGGCUAUUUACGCAGUCAUGAGAAGAGUGAAAGCGCCAAAGCUGAGGAGCUCUGCAAGUCGCUUAGAGGAGGGUCUCAGUCGGCUGGUGGUGGCAGUGCCAAUUCGCUUCCUCCUACUGCAGCAAAACUAAAAAGUGAAGGAAACGAGUUAUUUAAGAGUGGACAGUUUGGAGAAGCUGUGCUCAAAUACUCUGAAGCAAUUGAGUGUGUCGCUGGUCUAGGUGAGU